AAAACAAAAACAAGUCAAAAAUGUUGCCCGGAAUCGGACUUUUUGGUACUGGCCCUGUUGUGAAAGUUUUAGUACCAAUUUUACGAGAAAAUGGUUUCAAAAUCGAAGCAAUUUGGAGCCGAACCAUUCAGGACGCCCAAGAAGCGGCCAAAAGCCUCAAUAUUCCCUUUUCAACCAACAAAAUAGACGAUGUCUUACUUCGCAAAGAUGUCGACCUAAUCUUCGUAUUAUGUUCCCCAAAUUUACACGCACAAAUCUCCGUAAAGGCUCUGGGCAUAGGUAAACACGUAGUCUGUGAUAAACCAGCCGGUUUGAAUCAGGCCGAUGCCUUAAAAAUGGUUCGUGCAGGUCAAUAUUAUCCCACGUUAAUAUCACUUAUUAACCAUUCAUUUAGAUUUUUACCGGCAUUUAUUCAUUUAAAAAAGAAAUUGGAAGAAAACUACUUAGAAACACCGGUAAACCUUAUAGAUAUAAGAAUUCAAACAGGAUCACUUUUUAGUGAUAUAGACACCUUCAACUGGAAAUGUGACGACACCAUGGGCGGUGGUACAUUAAAUCUGAUCGGCAGUCAUAUAGUCGACUUGGUAACUUUUUUAAUGGGCCAGAAAGCAGUAAGGGUCCACGGUGUAGUGAGAACAUUUACAAAACACACAGAAAAUAUUAAGGGAAUCAGGCAAAUUACGGCUCCCGAUUUUUGUGCAUUUCAAAUGGAACUACAAAACGGAAUAUUAGUUACUGCCACAAUCAAUAGCCAUACAACUGGAACUACAUUUCAACAGGAAAUUAUGAUUUGUAGCAGUACCGGUCAUCUAGUUGUUCGUGGAGGUGAUUUGUUCGGAAGAAAGGAAAAAAAUACCGAAGAAGUAAUAUAUUUAGACGUAGAAGACUUGAAAUGCCCCGUCCCGAAUUCUAUAUUACCCAAAACGUUUAUUAAAGGGUUGUGCAAAAUGGUUGGUGCAUUAAGGGGGGCUUUCAUGCCGGUGAACGACCAGAUAGGUUGGCGUAAAGAACCAGUGAGUUCUGCAGCAAGUUUCGAUGAUGGACUCUAUGUCCAGGCCGUUUUGACUGCGAUCAGACAGUCCUCUCAAACGAGACAGUGGGUCAAAGUAAGUGUAAUGACCGAGCAACCGGACAAAAAUGAGCUGCUCAGUGCAGUGGUCCGUAGAACUGCAAUAUCGAUGUCUUAGGAAUAAUCCUGUCAUCUUUUUUUUGGUUGUAUUUUUUCAGUAUUUUUUUUUAUACAGUUAUUAUUACUAGGAUUUGUUUUGGUGUAAGUUGUUAGCACAGAGUUGACAUAAGCUGUACAGAAGCGACAAUAAGCAUUGCAUUGGCUCCUUUGAAGUAUCUGUUGUAUUUUUUUGGACCUUGCACACUGAAAAAAAUUUCUAGAAUUUCGUCGAAAGAAAUUCUUAAAUACACUGAGAUAAAUUAUUCGUUUUUAUUACUGUUAUACAGGGUUGUUCACCACAUAUGACAUGAAGUAUUGUAGCUAAAUGAUUAGAUUUUUGCAAAUUGUAGGUUUUGGGUUC